AUCAGCCACUUCAGCUGAUAGGGAGAAACAAGCUGACCUGAAACCUUGCGGGGAAGGAGUCAGAGGAGGAGAAGAAGAAUUACUGGUAACGUGUUAGGAGGGGGAGCGAGGACUCCUUUGUUCAUCAAGAGGGCAAGAUGGCCCUAGUGGAGGAGAAGGAGGAAGAUUCACUGAGGCAAAGGAAGAACCAUCACCCAAAGGAAGCAGCUUGCAAUGGAAAAGCAGGUGGUCUGUCAGAUGGCAAUGGCAUCAAUAUUCUUACUGAAUGGAAGAAACACAUGGAGGGGGUAAAGGCUGAACUGGUAGAAGAAAUGAGCUGCCACCUAAAGGAUCUCCUUGAUAAAGCUGUGGCAGAGACCAUGCAUUCAUACAAAAGUAAACAAGCUUCCACACUGUCCUCAAAAAAAGAUCAUGUUAAUAAUAAAAGGCACCAAGGAUCUAUUUCUGAAAAGCAGAAAGUAUUUAUGCAUCGUGCUUCUCUGUUGGAUGAUCUGAUGGAGGUGGAGCAUUUCCGCACUAUUUAUCACAUGUUUGUGGCUGUACUUUGUGUUUUCGUUAUAAGUACUACAGCUGUGGACAUCAUUGACCAGGGCAGACUGUUUCUGGAUCUCGACCUUUUGUUCUACACCUUUGGCCAGCUUAGCACUGUUGUGUGGACAUGGCUCUGUCUAUUUAUGUAUACACUUCUGGUUCCUUACAGAGCCUUACAUGUUUUGGGAUCUUUAUACCCAGAAUCAAGCCAUCCGUUGCUGCUCUCUGCUUUUAUAGGAGGGCUGCUGCUUGUCUGCCAAAUAUUUGUUCUUGGUGUACUGCCAAUAUAUGUUGUGACACAGUACAAGCUGCCUCCUGCAUCCAGCCUUAUCGUUAUCCUUGAGCAGGUUCGUUUCCUGAUGAAGAGCUACUCCUUUUUGCGAGAAUGUGUUCCACUGCUCCUGAGAAAUGAGAGAAAAGCGGUCCAACUACCAAAGUUUUCCAGUUAUCUUUAUUUCCUCUUCUGCCCAACUCUGAUCUAUAGAGAAAGCUAUCCCAGAACUCCAUGUAUCAGAUGGAAUUUUGUGGCAAAGAAUUUUGCUCAGUUCCUUGGAUGCCUGUUUUUUUUGAACUAUGUUUUCUUCACCCUGUGCAUUCCGGUCUUCACCAAUAUGAGCAAACAACCAUUCAGCACUAAAAUGCUGGUGCUGUCUAUCUUCCAUGCUACUCUUCCAGGUACAUUUGUGCUUUUGCUGUCGUUUUUUGCCUUGCUGCAUUGCUGGCUGAAUGCCUUUGCAGAGAUGCUUCGUUUUGCUGAUCGCAUGUUCUACGAGGACUGGUGGAAUUCAACGUCAUUUUCAAAUUACUAUCGUACAUGGAAUGUUGUUGUACAUGACUGGCUGUAUUAUUAUGUAUAUCGAGACUUGCUUUCGUUGUGUAACCAGCGGUACCGUGCUGGGAUCAUGCUGACUGUGUUCCUCCUCUCUGCCUCCGUUCACGAAUAUGUCAUAACAGUGUCUUUUCGCUACUUCUAUCCUGUAAUGUUCUGCUUAUUUGCCAUAUUUGGAGUCCUCUUUAAUUUCAUGAUUAAUGAUAAACGUAAAAGCCCCAUCUGGAACGUGAUGGUUUGGACUUUCCUGUUCAUUGGUCAGGGCAUCCAGCUGUGCCUGUACUGCCAGGAGUGGUAUGCUCAGAUUCACUGCCCUCUCACUGAGAAAACCUUUUGGGGAUUGGUGACUCCUCGAUCCUGGUCCUGUCACUUAUAGCCAAAGAACCUUGUAUCAGCCUAACACCUACAACGUCUAACAGGACUCUUCUUUGUAAUUAAUAUUUCACAAGAGCCUAAGAAGAUCAAGUUUACUAUAGGAGCAACCACAAGAUGUAGCAACAUUUUCAGUUUGUUGGAGACAAGAUGGAGCUCCUUAGCUGGAUGGAUUCUGAAUAAAUAAACCAACAAAGUAUUUACUUAAAUUUCCCUGGUAUGGGCCUUGCCUUACCAAACAUGGGGACCAUAGUGCUGAUUAGGUGCUACACUGCAAUAACAUUUCCUAUAAUUUUUUGUUACGUUAAAUUCACAAGAAAUUAGGAGAUGCUAAAUUAUAUCACUGGUCAAGGAAUAAGGGAAUAGAUACCAUAUUUAUAUGUAUUCCCCCUAUAAAUAGCCAAAGCAGGCCAAAACCUGCAACUGAAUAAACCGAGUUGUUAUUAUUAUUUAAGAUGACAGUGAUCAUCAUAAUAGUGUUGAUAGUGGCAGUGGUGAUAGCACUCUUCCUAAAAGCCAUGAUGAUAAAAACUCUAAGCAGGGUAAAUCACCAGAUAGAGAAAAAAAGGUGCAAAGGCAUUUGGAAUAAUUGGGAGGAACUGGUUGGAAAAAAAAUAAUCAACCUAUGCCCACUAAUACUGCUGAAAAGGAAAUAAAUGCUUUCUAUCUAGAUCAAAAUAUUGAUCCUGUUGAAUGGUGGAAGAGACAUAGAAUUAUCUUCCCAAAUUUAGAAAAACUGCUGAGAUCUAUCUCUGCUCUCCACCUACAUCAGUUCAAAGUGAACAGCUUUUUAGUACAGCUGGGGAUGUUUGUUCUCAGUCACUCUAGUCUGUCUGAACGGCUUAUUUUUCUGAAAGCAAAUGUCAAGUUUAUGACAUAGACUACUACUAUGUGACUGCAAAUGUGUCUGCUGCAUGUUGUCUGUCUAUUUCUGAUGAGUGCCACUAACUUUAAGUUAGUUAUCAUUAGUUCAAGUUGCCAACUUGCCACUACUAGGAGGAAUUCCACACAUUCAAGCUAUGCAAAAAUGCAGUGCAAUUAACCCUUUUGACAGUUUUACUGCUUUUAUUGUAUAAAUGAUGAUGUUGAUGUGCACGUAAUGGCAAAGCUUUUAUUGUACUAAGUGACUACUACUAGUAUAGUAUUACUAGUAUUUCAUUAUGUUUGAUGCCUUUAUUAGAACAGUCCUCAACAGUCUAGUCCUGAGUAUGGCAUGGCAGUAUGACAGUAUGGCAUGUACAGUGUAUGAAUUCUGGACUUUUUCAACAUGUCAAUUCAAUAUGUCUUCUACAACUCCUCAAUCAAUAAAAAGCAGAAGUAACACAUCAAA